GCUGGAAACCUGUUGAAGCAACUGUUCCCAAAGCCCAGAACAAAGACGUGAAGAGAAAGUCUCCAGUGCUUCAUUUCCAGAGCAGACGGCGACCAGAAAGCAACACCAGCAGUCACUUUCUUCUGGAAACCUUUCCUCCUUUAUUCAUGCUCAGAGUCCUGUUUGCAGCACAUUAGACAUGCCAGCCGUUUUCCUCUUGCUGCGCUCUCUGGUUGUCCGACUCUUCGGUAGUAGAUUAGCAGCGUCAGGCGUGCAGCUCCUCCGCAGGAUCCUGACGACAGCGACUGGGCAUCUCGGAACCGUCCUGCGCAACAUCUGGGAGCGGAUCAGCUCACAGCAGUCCAAAGAAGCCAUCCUGGGCUGCGUCCUGUGCCUUCUUAACAUGCACAAGAAGGUGGACAACUGAAAUUACACGCGAGACAACAAGACUUCUAAUUUUUGUAUUUUCCAUUUUUGUUUAAAUCUCAGACUUGAGGACAGAUCGGUUCGCAGGAGUUUAAGAAAGAUAAUUUCAGCAUGCACAAGAAGGCGGACAACUAAUUGCAUGCACAAGAACUACAUUUCUGAUUUUGCAUUUUUUGGAGGAGUUGAUUUUAUUUAAAUCUCCGAUCUGAGUACAGAUCAGUUCGCAGGAGUCUUUUUUUUGCAUGCACAAGGCAGAAAGCUACAAUCACAUGUUCAAGAACUUGCAUGCACAAGAACUACAUUUCUGAUUUUUGUGCUUUGCUUUUUUUUUAAAUCUCAGAUCUGAGGACAGAUCAGUUCAGGAGUCCAAGGAAGACAUUUUCAUCAUGCAUAAGAAAGCAGACAACUACAAUAGUGUGCACCAGAACUAGAUUUCUGAUAUAGUAAUUUUUUUUAUUUGAUUUAAAUCUCUGAUUUUAGAACGGAUCAGUUCGCAGGCAUCAGAGUAAGCCAUUCUCAACAUGAACAUGAUGGCGGACGACUGAAAUUACAUGCACAAGACUUAAACUUUUAAUUCUGUAUUUAGUUUUUUCGCUUAUUUUUUGUUUUUAUUCUCAGAUCUGAGAACCGAUCUGUUCACAGGAGUCCAAGGAAGCCUUAAUCAACACGAACAUGAUGGUGGACAACUAAAAUUGCAUGCAUAAGGACUGAAUUUUUUUUAAUUCAAAGUCACUGUCAUUGUUGUUUUAAAUUUCACAUCUGAGAUCGGAUCAGUUCAGAGGAGUCAAAGGAAGUCUCAAGAGUUUGUUUUCAUGCUUAAGAACUUGAAUUUCAUCUGCACUCCAUAUUUUUAUUUAUUUAUAUAUUUUUAAUCUCACAUCUGAAAACGGAUCAGUUCCCUGGAGUCUAAGCAAGUCCUUCUCAAUAUCCACAAGAGCUAAAAAUUUCAUGCACAAGAACUUUAUUUGUUAGUUUUUAUUUACACUCCAAAUCAUUUGUGUUUUACAUUUGGGAACAGCGGAUCAGUCCAAGGAGACCAUACUGUGGUACAUUUUGUGCAACCUCAGCAUGCACAAGAAAGUGGACAACUAAAUGUUCAUGCACACAUGCUACAUAUCAGACUUUUUGGCUUCGUUUAAACACUAAAUAAUUCUUAUAAUCAGUUUUUCUCACAUCUGGAAGUCCAAGGAAGUCAUUUGUAUCUUGUGCAAUCUCAGCAAUUUCAUGCACAAGAACUCAAUUAUUAAAUUUAGAUUUUUAAAAUCUUAUUUAAACACCAAAUUAGGUUUAUUAUUAUUAUUAUUAUUAUUUUUAUUUUUUUUAUCUCACAUCUGGCAGUCCAAGGAAGCCAUGCUUUUCUGCAUCUUGUGCAUUCUCAACAAUUUUAAUGCACAAGAACUACAUUUCUGAUUCUCUUGUCUAUUCACGCUUCAAAUAAUAAUUCAAUCUCCUGCUGAGCACAAAACCAUGUCGGAGAGCAUCGUGAGAAAAAUCCAGCCUUUCACCAUCAGGACCAAACUCUCAGCGCCAGCCGUCACACCAAAGUGCUCCGACUUUCAUGAUGAUUACCUUCCAAACCGGACAUUUUCAGACAGCUGCAAACUGCGGCACCUAAACGAGCAGGUGUGUCUCUAUCUGAACCAGCAUGAAGACGAAUCCUCUGUUUCUCCCAACCCUGCGUCCAGAUCCAUCCGCAAGAUCACCAUUUCCAGCCAGAUGGACGCGCUCACUGCAGGCAUGGAGCUGAAGAAUAUUAACAACAACAACAACAACAGAGCCUCCAACACACAGCUGCCUAAAAUAGUGGGUGUCAGCUGUGAAAACAAACCCAACACUCAUUUUAAGGUGUUGCUGUGUAAAGAUGGAGAAAAGCAGUGCAGUGCCGACAGAGAGAAAUACUCUUCUUCACCACAGAGGCUGGACGGGUCAUCCUGUGAGGAUAAAGACGUGUGUUUGAGUGCGAAAGUCUCCUCGGUACAGAAUGAACACAGUUUUGCUGAACAGAAAGCACUCUUCAAUAAGGAGAUCAGUCAGGCUGAGAUGUGGAUCCGAGCGAAGCUACGAGACCUGAGGGAUGGAAACAACGUCCAAAAGAGUCCUGUGACGGACUGGGAGGAGGCAUGUCAGACGCUCAAGAGAGACUUGAAGGACUUUGAAAACACUGUCAUUCAGCUCAAUCAGAUGGGAGAGCAGUUAAUGUGCAAACUCAACCCCACGUCUGACCUGGUGAAGAAACAGCUGGCUCAGAUCCGCGACCAAUGGAACACGCUCAAACUGACUGCCGCCAAUCAGAUGAAGGCAAUGGGUGGGGCUAAGAAUCUGCAGGAGUUUAAUAGGAAGGUGGAGCGUCUGGAGGCGUGGAUCAAAGAGAAGCAGGAGCAGGAGCAGUCGCUGGCCAACAUCCUCGGGGAGAACAUUGACAAGAUGCAGAUUACCAGGAAGAUCCUGGAUUUAAAGCAGGAUGAGCAGCUUUAUCGUAACCUUCAUGAGGAGAUCAACCAAAUGGCUCUCAGACUGGAAAAACAGGGAAAGACUGAAGGAAAGAGCAUCUCAGCCCACAGAAAACACAUCAACAAAAUCUGGCUGAAGGCCCAGUCGCACUUGAAGGAGCAUCAUGAGAAUCUGCAGCUCGCUCUGGAAGUCUCGUCCUUUUACCAGCAGGCAGAAAACAUCAUCUGCUCCAUCAUCAGCAUGAGAAAAAGCCCCAGCAGUGGAGUGGGAAACAGCAGAGAUGGAGAAAUCCGGGACAUCGCCAGUCAAAUCAUGAUGCUGGACGUCAGUGUUUCUCAGCUCUCGAACCUGCAGCCGGCGCUGGCGGCUCGAGUCGCACAGAAGCAGAGCGAGCUCAAAGACUGCUGGGCCGCUUUCCAGAAGACCCUCAGGAAUGAGAAAGCAGCUCAGCUCCCCUCGUUAACCAGGGAAGGCAGUGACCCCGAAACCCCGAGCCAAGAGCCGCCCGUCAGCGUGGGAACAGACCCACACAGAAUCAUGGGAAAGGAGGUGAAGGAGGAGCAGAAUCGUCUGAAGGGCUUUACGAUUGUCAGAGAUGUGGAGAGCUCCAGAAAGCCUCCUGACAGUGGAGACGCAGGCCGUUCCUGUAUCAGCGACAUCCCUGAAAAACAGCAGACUGAAAGCGAGUCCAGCGGCCACCCACCGCUCCACAUUCAGCUCCAGAAGUUCACCGUCUCCGCAGACAAGACUCUCUCCUGGCUCAAAGAGAGUGUUGCGAUGGCCACUCAGAUCUGCAGUUCGAGUGGACCGAAUGGUUUCGAUGCCGCCAAGAGACGCCAGGCUUCACUGCAGCAGGAGAUCCUGUCCAACAAAGCGAGAAUAGAGCUGGUCAAGAAGGAGGGCCACAGUCUGGUGAAGGCUCAGCAUCCGGGCAGCCUGAAGAUCCAGGAGUUUCUGAGUCAGCUGGAGGUUCUGUGGGACGAGCUCAAAAGGAGACACCAGAGGAACGGACUGGUCUUGAAGCUCUCAGAGGAGCUCAACUGCAGGGUGGUGCAGAUGCUGCAGUCUCUGGGCAGUCUGGAAGCGUGGCUGGAGGCGGUGGAGCUCUCCAUCAGGCAGGCGUCUCUAUCUGGAGACCCAGAGUCCGUGAGCAUGGCGGAGCAGGAGAGCCGAGAGCUGGAGCAGGAGCUGGAGACCCGACGACUGGAGCUGAGAGACCUGCGGCUGGAGGUGGAUCGUCUGAGCAGACAGAAACACCUCCAGACGCAGCUGCUGCCCGCUCGACUGAUGGAGGUGGAGAAGAAGUUCAGCAGUGUGCAGACGGCGCUGACGCAGCAGACCUCAGAGCUGAAGGACACACGGAUGCUCACUGAGUUCCUGGAGAAGCUGGAGCUGGAGGAAAACCACUACACUCUGGGAAAGCCGCUGUGCAGUGAUCUGGACUCUGGAGCUUCUCUUCUGGGCCGCAGACAUGAUGAUCGGCUGAUGGAGGCCAUCGGGAAUCCUGUCAAGGAGCUCCGAGAAGCAGUGGAGAUGCUGAACGAUACGGCCCGUGAGAGAGGCAGAACGCAGACUCAUGACCACAGCAUACAGCAGCUCAUCAACACGCACGCCAUGGUGUCAGCGCGGGUGGAGCAGUGUCUACGGCGCUGUGCUGAACUUGCUGAAGACGUGCUGGAAAUGGAGAGUGAGAUGGCAGUCAGGUGUGAGCCGGAUCGAUGCGGACUGGAUGAUCUGCAGGAGUACCAGGACCAGCUGGAGGCUGAAUACGGGCUGUUGCAGCAGGAGGUGGAGCUGAUGGAGAGUCUGUGGAUCCGCCUGUCAGACGUGUGUCCCGAGAGGAUGACCAGCGUCAGCUCUGAGAUUCAGAGCAGUCUGAACUCCUGGAUGGAGCUCAGCAAGAGUCUGAGUGAAAACAAGAAGAGGCUCCUGCAGUUCACACAGCUGAGGCACUUCUUCAGGAGAUACCUGGACAUGAUCUCUUGGACAGAAGACACUCGCUCCUGCAUCUUCUCUGAAAGUGCUCUCCGUCAGAGCCGACAGAACCAGGAGCCGCUGGUGGAGGUUCUGGACAGACAGAUUCAACACAAGUUCGAGGAGUUCGACCGGCUCGCUGUGGCGGGACAGAAGCUGUUCGACCACCAGCAUCACCUUAGCAAAAUGAUCAGGGAGAGGAUGGAGGAGUUGCGGAGCAUGCUGGGAUGGAUCCUGGUCCACUGGAGAGCUCAGAAAGAUCAGCUGUUGAACAGACAGAAGACUGAAAACCAGCAGAGCCAAGAAGAUGCCAUUUAUUCUGAAGCCGCGGUCUGCAGCUCACAAACACAGAGCGAGAUCUCACCUGCAGCAUGUCAGCAAAAGACAGAAAUCCUGCCAGUGGCUCCCCCUGAACAGGACACGCUGCAGCACAGUAAUGAUGAGUAUGAGGUGAUGAAGAGCGUCAGUCCUGCAGGAGGAGAUGACAGAAAUCAUGCAGAGAGAGCAGAGUCGCCGUAUCUGCUGCUAAAAGAGUCCAGUCCUUCAUCUCUGGGAGGAACCGUAAACCUCAUCCUGAGCUUCAGUGAGUCUGGAGACACACAGAUCCAGCUUCAGGCGUCGGGCGGAGAGAAAGACACGCCGGAGCCUGAACCCGUGCACAGGCCUGCCGACUCUCACUCUUCUGCCUGUAAAAGCUUUUGGAAACGCUGCCAGGGGCUUUUUGGUAGUUUAAAGCGAAAGAAAAAGAUUUAUCGGCACAGUGCAGAAGAGGUAAGUACUUACUUGCAUGUUAUGGAAAACAACAUGGCAAUAGCUCCAGUCUAUGAAAGUAUGACGGUACCCCGAAACAAAGCCCCGAGGCCCUCUUCCUCCUCUCCCAGGAACUCUUUAUUUGCCAACUCCUCUUCUUGUACGUCUCCAUACUCCUCGUCCUCUGUAGAAGACACUAAUGACUCCUCUGUUCACCUCCUGCCAAAAAGUGGCAACAUCUCUAUCUUCAGUAGCCUGAAGAGGAAGAGCAAGAAAGCAAAGAAGAAGAAAGAUGACCGUGGACACACCAUUCAGAAGAUCAUGGGCGAGGAGCAAUCAGAGGAGAUCAUUUCGUCCCCUGUAGGUGAACCAGUUAUUUACGAUACACACACUUGGCCCCUUAAGGAAUGGAAAAAGCGUAAAAAUGCAAGACAACCAAACAGCGAUGGGACUCAGGUCUUGGACUACAUGAAGAACCCUUUGGUGAAAGAUAUUGAUGAAGAAUGCUCUGGAGAAGAUGGAUCUACAGUUCAGGUUUCCACUCAAUCACACACAAAGAACCACUGCAGAUUUCUGUCUUUGGGCUCAGUUUUAAGUUUCGACCUACCCAAGGAUAUGAGCCUUAUCCCGAGCAUUCAAGACGUGAUCACUAUCGUCCCUUCUGAGCAAAAGAAAGCAGACUCACAUCAACAGAACUCUCAGGUUGAUCGUCCGACAUCUCUGAGCACCUUCAAGUUAACACGCUCACCUCCAAUGCAAAAGGAAGAGCCCAAACAAACUUCUCCAACUGAAGUAACUCUCAAGAUUGAUUGCAGGGACUCUAGAAAGAUCAGCAUUGACACCUUAUCGUUUACUGAAGACGACUUUCCUCCUCCACCAUCCCCAAUAGUUGAAGGCCUCUCAAUUGAGGAGAAUCAUCAAUCAUCACUGACCAAUAUUCAACAGAAACACCUUUUUGGGAUUGGUUCUGUGCCCAACGCAAUCUCCAAUCAACUUAAUCAACACUCUGGAAGUUCUCUAGAAGAGGCAACCCAAGAGAUCAACUCCACUACAGCAGAGAUUCAUGCAUGUCCUAGCGCCCUAGUUCACAACCCCAAUGGACAAGUCUUUCAUAAGCUAGUAAAGACUUCCAGGUCUCAACAAUUGAGUCCAAACCAAGCAUCUCACAUUGUGUUGAACUUCAGAUCCAAUGGAAGAGAGGACUCUGUGGACUCUGGUCACUCCAGCUCUGGAAGUUUCAAGUUGGGCACUGAGGGUCUGAUUUUAGACUCCACAGAGUGUCCGAUUCCCAAAAGGACCAUUGCAAAGGUAUUAUCAAUGGAUGCAGGAGUCUCAAGCAGGAACUCAGAGUUUUCUAAGGAGAAGAGCCUUCAUUUAUCUCUCGAUGCUGAAGAUACUGUUCAUCCUGACCACCAGCAGUUUGAACAAGAAGAGGAGGAGCUGGAGGACAUCUGGAACCAAACCAACAGCUACCGACAGAGUCUAAACUCUGACAUCAUGUAUAACGGCUACCAGGGAUUGCCGGCAACAUGUUCUCCAGGCAAGCCCAGGGAAUCUUCACCCAAAGAACAAGCAGUACUCUAUAGGAAGUUGGUCACUGCCUCAGCACCCAACCUUCUUGUGGCCGAGUUCAAACUGCCUUCAUCUAUCCAGACUUUGGUUGCUUGUGGGAAACUGCAGAACUCAAAAGAAGAGAGGCUAGUUUGGGAUAAAGAGAAUAGGAGGUCUUGGGCAGCAUUUAGUGCAGAGGAACAGGUGUAUAAAGAGGUGACUAUUAAUGAGACUGCUUCUGAUCCUGUGAAACUGCCUGAAUUGGAGGACCAGCAAAAGUAUAUCUACCAUUAUAGAGAGGAUGAAGAGGAGGAGGAGGAGGAUGAGGAACAGAAGGAAACAGGGUUUCUAAAGGACCAAUCCAUGAGCCUUCUGUCAGUUCAUAUGGGAUUAGAUGACUCUGAUAAACAAAGUGGAAGACAAGAACUUGAACUUCCAUCUAUGGAAGGAACACUGGAGAGGAAGCACAAACUACAGCUUGGUGGAAAGAAGGCACCAUGCAGAGCGUGGAGCUCCUAUCAUGCUGUGCUGUACAAACACACAAUGUGUUUCUAUCAGGACAGGAAGGAUACACUCAAGAGUUGUGUGACCAGCCUUCCUCUCAACCUAAUUGGAGCGGUGUGUGAGCCGUCGCCAGAGUACACCAAAAAACCCAACUGCUUCAGCUUGAGAUUGCGUGAUGGAUCUGAAUAUCUGCUCAGUGCCUCCUCCCGCUUUAUGAUGAAGAAAUGGAUCUUGAGAAUCCAAGCACACACCGCCUCUGGUGAUUGUGUAUCGGGACAUCACGGCUCUUCAGCAACGCUCUCCAGAUAUUCUCCUGCUAUCUCCGGCUGUCAGUGUGCAGAUAAAUGUCUCUGCUCCGUGAGGAAUUAUGUCAGCACCACUGUUUUAGCACAGAGUCAGCAAACCUCAGGCCGAACCAAGGAGAUCAUCGUCCACACCACUGACCACCAUCAGGAUCUGUCCUUCAACUCGUGCUCUGAUGCUGCACAUUGUGACGAUGACUUUGAGUCUCUGAGACAGAAUCUGUCCUCCAUGUCCACUGUUCAGGACUGGGCGGUUGGAAAGAGACGCUCACACUCAUUUACCUCUGCCACGUAUCAGAGGAUCAAGCCUGUGGCGCCUCCUGCAGGCCGCAUGGAGAACAGCAGCUCCAGCUACUCUGUUACUUUAUUCAUCGGUGAGCGAGAGACGUCACCGGUGAUCUGUAAAAACAGAAAGGAAUCAUGCUCUGAUUUGCCCAUCACCAGCUACUCCAGUCUCCCCCGACACAGAAACAGAUCCGUCCUCAGGAAGUUCUUCGGGAUGAAGGAGUGAUGCUCUGAUCUGACGGACAUGUGCAGGACACACGUUCAACACUUCGUUCUCAAGAACUCUUAUUUAUGGAUGAGAUUGGAGAAACAAUGCUUUUUGUGCUUUUACAGUAAAUGAGAUCUUGUGUGGUUGCCCAUUUAGACGUCUGAUAUAUGGAAAUAUGUGCUAAUCACAUACAGUUGAAGUCAGAAUUA